CAGCGCGCGCAUCGCUCUUUUGGCGAGCGGCGUUCCCCCUCGCGCUGCCUUCCUUCGCUGCUGCUGUUGCUCUUGCCGUUGCCGCCGCCAUGUUGAUGCUGGGCCGAGGGCUGGAUGCCCGGGACAAUCAGACAAAACAAGCACGAGAAGCUGUAACAAAUGUGGAAAAACAUUUUGGAGAACUGUGUCAAAUAUUUGCAGGCUAUGUACGAAAAACUGCCAGACUACGAGACAAAGCAGAUCUUCUAGUAAACGAGAUACAUGCAUAUGCAGCUACAGAGACCCCAAAUUUAAAGCUUGGGCUGAAAAAUUUUGCAAAUGAGUUUUCCAAACUUCAGGAUUAUCGCCAGGCAGAGGUAGAAAGACUGGAAGCUAAAGUAGUUGAGCCUCUGAAAUGUUAUGGGACAAUCAUAAAACUUAAAAGAGAGGAUCUCAAAGCAACGUUAACGGCAAGGAAUCGAGAAGCAAAACAGUUGUCUCAGCUUGAAAGGACACGCCAGCGAAAUCCAUCAGAUCGGCACAUUAUUUCUCAGGCUGAAAGUGAAUUACAGAGAGCUUCACUAGAUGCCACUCGAACAACUAGACAUUUGGAAGAAACCAUUGACAACUUUGAAAAACAAAAAAUAAAAGACAUAAAGAACAUAUUUUCAGAAUUUAUAACAAUUGAAAUGCUCUUCCAUGGAAAAGCCUUAGAAAUUUACACUGCUGCCUUCCAGAGUAUACAAAAUAUUGAUGAGAAUGAAGACUUACAGGUGUUUCGGAGUUCACUAUAUCCACCAGACCAUCAAUCACGUUUGGACAUUGUACGUGCCAAUUCAAAGUCUCCUCUUGAGAGAACUAGUUCAUCCAAACAUUGCACUGGAAUUGUUCAGCAGAUUUCAAGGAAUCGGUUGAAAAAGGAUGAAGACGAGGAAGACGAAGAUUAUGAGGAUGAAGACGAGGAUGAAGAUGAGGAACUAGAAAGCACCAAGGAGGAAAGAUAGUAUUUGUCACCAGAAUGUUUUCCCUGCUUUUUAUUGUAUUGAUACUUGUUAUUUAGAUAGAAAUCAGUCUGCCAAAUAUAUUUCAAUUAAAAGAACUGUCUACUUUAAGAAAUACAUUUGUUACUUGGCCACCUUGCAAUUUCUUGAUGCCUUGACGUUUAAAGGAAUUAUUGCCUUGGACAUUAAAUGCAAGUUGUAUUAAUGAUUCUUUAAUAAAUCCGCAUAAGGUGAGU